GGCGACUCUCGCGAGAGCGGCGCGAAGGAUGGUGCUGCGGCGGGUGCUGCUGGCACUGCUCAGCAACCCGCACCUCAUCGAGAAGCUCGCCGAGUCGCGGCCCAUCCGCGCCGCCGCCCGCCUCACCGCCAGCGCCAUCACCCGGGGGCAGCUGGGCGCCCGCCAGGCGGCGAGAGACCUGCGGCCCGGCCUGACCCGCCUGCGGGACGCCUUUCUGGACCGGCUGAAGGACGGCGGCCGGCCGCGGGGCUGGCCGGAGUCCCCCGGGAGGGGACCGGGAUCGGGACGAGGACCGGGACGGAGCGGCCGGCCCUGAGCGGCGGGAGGAGGCGGCUGUGCGGGGCGUGCGCGUGGCCGGCCCCAUGGAGACGGUUCGGCGGUGACGGCCGGAGCGCGGCAAUGGCACCGAGCGGAGCGGGGGGACCCGAGGAGCGGCCCGGCCCGGCACGGACGGAGGCGGCCACGGAGCGCUGCGAUGGGGCCGUGUGACCGUCACUUCGCACUGCCACGGCGCUCAGCUACAGGCAGCGGGCAGGCUUACGUCGAGCAUCAUCCAGAAUACUGUGAAGAUUGUCACUUUAAGUGCGUGGUAUGAAACCUAAAAUAAAGCCAUUUCUCACCGGA